UCGGGGCGGCGGUCGCGGGUGGCGAUCGAUCCCGAUCGGCUCCGAUCGAUCCCGAUCGAUCCCGAUCGAUCCCCGCCAUGUUCUUCACCUGCGGCCCCAACGAGGCCAUGGUGGUGUCGGGUUUCUGCCGCAGCCCCCCGGUGAUGGUGGCCGGGGGCCGGGUUUUGGUGAUCCCGUGCCUGCAGCAGAUCCAGCGGAUCUCCCUGAACACGCUGACGCUGCCGGUGCGCAGUGAGAAGGUUUACACUCGGCAUGGGGUGCCCAUCUCCGUCACUGGAAUCGCACAGGUGAAGAUCCAGGGGCAGAAUAAGGAGAUGCUGGCGGCCGCCUGCCAGAUGUUCCUGGGCAAGUCGGAGAGCGAGAUCGGCCAGAUCGCCCUGGAGACGCUGGAGGGCCACCAGCGCGCCAUCAUGGCUCACAUGACCGUGGAGGAGAUCUACAAGGACCGGCAGAAGUUCUCGGAUCAGGUUUUCCGUGUGGCCUCGUCCGACCUGGUGAACAUGGGAAUAUCCGUGGUGAGCUACACCCUGAAGGACGUGCACGACGAGCAGGAUUACCUGCGCUCUCUCGGGAAAGGCCGCACAGCUCAGGUACAGCGCGAUGCCCGCGUGGGAGAGGCCGAGGCCAAACGAGACGCUGGGAUCCGGGAGGCGCGGGCCCGGCAGGAGCAGGUCUCGGCCCAGCUGCUCUCCGAGGUGGCCACGGCGCGAGCCCAGCGCGACUUCCAGGUAGCCCAGGCUGAGUGCGACGGAGCCGUGAGCGCCCGCAGGGCCACGGCUGAGCUGGCAUUCCAGUUACAGGCGGCCCGUUCCCAGCAGGCCAUCGCGGCGCAGCGCGGGGAGGUGGCUCUGGUGGAGCGGGCGCAGCGGGCGCAGCUGCAGGAGCAGGAGGUCGGGCGGCGCCGCCAGGAGCUCGAGGCCACCGUGCGCAAACCGGCCGAGGCCGAGCGCUACCGGCUGGAGCGGCUGGCUGAGGCUCACAGGACGCAGGUGCUGCUGCAGGCUGAGGCCGAGGCCGAGACCCUCAAGGUGACCGGGGCCGCCCGUGCCGCCGCCGUUGCCUCCCGGGCUCGCGCCGAGGCCGCCGCGGUGGCCGCCAAGGCCGAGGCCUUCGGGCAGUUCCAGGACGCGGCCGUGGUGGAUCUGGUGCUGCAGAGACUGCCCCAGGUGGCCGAGGCGGUGGCGCAGCCGCUCCUGGGGACGCGCCGGGUGACGCUCGUGGGCGGCUCCGGGGACGUCGGAGUGGCCAAAAUUCCCGCGGAAAUCCUGGAUUUGGUCACGAGGCUGCCGGGGGCCGUGGGGGCCCUGGCCAGGGGAUCCCAGGUGACCCCGACAGAGCCCGAGGGCGGCGCCGGAGCCGCCGCGACGUCCCCAAAUGUCCCCAGAGUGUCCCCAAAUGUCCCCAGAGUGUCCCCAAAUGUCCCCAGAGUGUCCCUGAGCGCCGCCCCCCAGUGACACCAAAGUGUCCCCGAAGUGCCACCCAAGUGCCACCACCCCCCAAUGCCACCGGCCCUGAUGUCUGUUUGUCCCCAAAGUGCCACCAUGCCUUGCAUGUCCCCAAAGUGCCACUUGCUGCAGUGUCAGCGUGUCCCCAAAAUGUCCCCAAAGUGUCCCCAAUGUCCCCAAAGUGCCACCCCUAAAUGUCAUCACGUCCCUGCAGUGUCACUGUCCCCAAGGUGCCACCACUGCAGUGUCCCUGCGUCCUUUAAGUGCCACCACCUUCGGUUGUCACUUUGUCCCCAAGGUGCCACCCUCAAAUGCCACCACGUUCUCAAAGUGUCCCCAAGGUGCCACCAGUGCAGUGUCACGGUGUCAAUAAAGUGUCCCCAAAGCGUC